UUUUGUGUGUGUGUGAACGUCAAAAAGGAGGAGAUUCAUCUCAGACCUCAAUUAAAUAAUACAUCCUCUCCGCCUACGUUUUGCUAUUUAUCUUGUGGAUGGAUGCUGUGCGGUGCAGCUGAGGUAAAGAACAGUAGAUAUAAAUCUGGAGCGAAUGGAGUUAGCGCGUUGGAGCAGAACCGCGCAAUCAUCAUUACAAGGUUCAAUAUUUACACACGUUAUCGCACUCACAUACUAACGCACACUGUUGUUACAGAACUUUGAAACAGGUCUGUACCGGGGACGAAGGUACAAAAUUGUGAUUAGAGAUUUUUUCGCGCUACCUAGAACCGAGUGAACCACGGAAGGAAUCAGAGUUAUUCGAGGUUUUUAGCACGGGGAGCAGGACACUGUAACGAUGUGUGACGAUAGUGAAAUUAAGCGGGCUUUCGAGGUUGUGUUGGAGCUGGUGAAGCAGUGUAACGAUAUCGUGCUCGAAGGCUAUCGGAGCGCUUCGAAAAGGGUUGAAGUUAAGGGUAAACACUGGGACCUCGUGACAGAGUACGAUCAGCGGGUGGAGGAUGUGCUGAUUGCCGGUAUUCGGGCGCAAUUUCCACAUCACAAGUUUUGUGCCGAAGAGCUGGCAUCUGCCACCGGUGAGCAGGUUACGGUCGGCGAUGCGGGAGCACCAACCUGGAUCAUCGACCCUAUCGACGGAACGGUGAACUUUGUGCGCGGCAUACAAUUUACGUGCAUUUCCGUAGCACUCGUCGUAGACGGGGAGCUCAAGAUUGGAAUCAUCUCGAAUCCGGCCGGUAAUGAGCUCUACACAGCCGUCAAGGGACAGGGAGCGUUCCGGAAUGGUGUGCGUAUUAAAACGCGCAACUCGGAACAGCUAAAGGAUGCUCUUAUUGGACACGAGUUCUCGAUCGGAAGCUAUGAGCCGAUACGGUGGGCCCUGUUCGAACGCGGUAAACGUUUCAUCGCCGAGUGCCUUGGACUGCGGGCAUUCGGGUCGGCAGCCCUGUCGCUAGCGUACAUCGCCAGCGGUCAGAUCGAUGCGUAUAGCAUCCAAUUCCUCAAACCGUGGGAUAUUGCCGCAGGAGCACUGCUGAUAAUGGAGGCUGGUGGCACGGUGCAAAGCAUAACGGGAGGCAAGUACGAUAUCAUGAAGCCGGAUAUCAUUGCCGCCUGCAGUGAAGCGCUCGGCCAACGAGUGUUGCAGAUCAUACGGGAGGUGGACAGAGAUCUGCAGGCAGCAAAGUAGGCUUUAGCCAAACGUAAUCGUUUCGCGUACAUUCUAAAGCAAUCCAAGCAAUCCAAUCAACGGUUACUGUAUUCCACCGACCGUAGAUUAAUAAUAAAAUUAACUAAAUAGAU